GGAUGAUUUCCUUAGCUUUCUGAACUAGAAAGAGAAAUGCCCAAAUCCUCCUCCAGAUUAUAAAUUUGUAGUCAGCAAGGAAAAAACAGAAUCUGAAGAUGAAUCAACUUUCCCCCCAGCUCCCUUUGCUCUUCUUCAUUUCCUGCUCCUGUGUUCUACAGAUCUCCUGCUCAGAAUUUCCUCAGCCUUUGUCUCAUCCUCCAGAGGGUCUGGACAUUGAGCAGCUUGAGAGGCUGGCAUUGUGUUUAAAUCAAUGGACUUCUCUGACUAAACAACCUCAGGUUGCAGAUUUAGUUAUGGAGUUUUGUACCAGGAUAUUUCAAAAGAUGCAGGCAAAUAAGGCUAACCAAGAAGUAUACAAAAGGUUUUUAUUUCACUACUCCAGAGCUCCAGAGGCGACAUUUCCUGUCAAGCCCAGGGAUGGCGCUGGUACUAUGGGACGGCCUUUUUUCCUUUUCAGGCCUAGAAAUGGAAGGAAUAUUGAAAACCGUGACCAUUACAUUUAAAAGAAUUUCAUGGCAAGCAAAAGCACGAAUUGACAGACUGAUUCAAUGACUGGGCAAUUUGCCAUUGAACUGCUUUUUUGAAUUUCUUCAUCUUCCAGUGAGAUUGCUUAGAAUAUUUGGCAUUGUAUAAUAAAUUAAAGUUGCAUUUA